AGUCAUGAAAAUAGAAUUUCCUAUAGAGUCGAGUUGCUUAAUAAGUUGUUUCAUCUUAGAAAAGGAACAAACAUAUUCCUAGAAACCAGAGGAGACCCGAACUCUAACAACAUUCACUAAACAACAUGGCAAGAAACACAAAUGGUCUUGUAACUCUUGUUUUUAUGCUAGCUAACUUUCUCCAUGGAUCAGUAGCAACAAAUUUCUCGGUUGGUCAUGGCAGUGACCAAUUCCAAGGUGGGGAGGAUCCAAUCACAUCGUCAUUCAAAAUCCAUUGGGGUACCGAGAGAACAUUAGCCGUAGGUGACGUUCUUGAAUUCGACUAUGGAGAACAACACAAUGUGACAAUGGUAACAAAAUCAGAUUUCAAUAGUUGUAAUAAAACAAACUUACAUACAAACAGUUCAAUCAGGGUGUUGGUUCUCAAGAAAGUAGCGCAAUAUUAUUUCAUUUGUACCAUUGCAGAUCACUGUUCAGCUUAUGAUGAGAAACUGUCAAUUAAUGUUGCUAAUUCUGUUCCAGCACCAGAACAACCACCAAUUGCUUCUUCUUCUGCACCAAAUGCUACCACUUCACCUCCAUCUCCUGCUACUGGUAGUCCCUCUAACUCGAAAAGGAAAGUCAUUAUAGGUGUUGGAAGUGCAGCAAUGGUAGCAUUCCUAAUGUGCAUCAUAAUUUAUUGUUUUAGAGGGAAGUCAUUAAUACAACAAGUAAAAUUUCGGUUUAAUUUUAAUACAAAUGGUGAUAAAGUUAUUGAACAAUUUUUAAAAAAUCAUGGAGCUUUAUCGCAAAAAAGAUAUAAAUUUUCGGAAAUAAAGAAAAUGACAAACUCAUUUGAAAUUAAACUAGGUCAAGGGGGUUAUGGUGUUGUGUACAAAGGAAAGUUAUUCAAUGGUUGUCUUGUGGCUGUGAAGAUAUUGAAUACAUCAAAAGGAAAUGGUGAAGAAUUUAUUAAUGAGGUUGCAAGUAUUACUAGAACUUCACAUGUUAAUGUUGUCAACCUUCUCGGAUUUUGUUUUGAAAGUCGUAAAAAAGCUCUCAUAUAUGAAUUUAUGUCUAAUGGUUCUCUCGACAAAUUUAUUUACAAUAAGGGAUCUGAAACCAUUGCAUCUUUGAGUUGGGAUAAUUUGUAUCAAAUUGCAAAAGGGAUAGCCCGUGGACUAGAGUACUUGCAUAGAGGAUGUAACACUCGAAUUUUACAUUUUGACAUAAAACCGCACAACAUUCUUUUAGAUGAGAAUUUUUGUCCAAAGAUUUCAGAUUUUGGACUUGCGAAACUUUGUCCUAGGAAAGAGAGUAUUAUUUCAAUGUCAGAUCAAAGAGGUACAAUGGGAUAUGUAGCUCCAGAAGUGUGGAAUAGAAGUUUUGGUGGAGUUUCACACAAGUCUGAUGUUUAUAGUUACGGAAUGAUGUUGUUGGAAAUGGUUGGAGGGAGAAAAAACAUUAAUGCUAAUGCAAGUCAAACAAGUGAGAUAUAUUUUCCUCAUUGGGUGUAUAGUAGGCUUGAACUUGGUAAUGAUUUGAGACCUGACGGGAUAAUGAAUACAGAAGAAGAUGAUAUUGCAAGGAGAAUGACCAUUGUGGGAUUAUGGUGCAUUCAAACAUUUCCUAAUGAUAGGCCUACAAUGAGUAAAGUGAUUGAACUGUUAGAAGUUAGCAUGAAUUUGUUGCAAAUACCACCAAAACCAUUAUUUUCUUCUCCUACUAGAUCAGACUGAUAAAAUAUUAAAGUAAGUAUAAUUGUUAAUGUUGACCUUUUUAAUCUCUUUGUAAAGGGUGGAACAGUCUUUGGAUUGAAUCCGAUUCACAAUUGGUUAAUUUAACUUUUAAGUUCUCCCACAUUGUCCCUUGGAAGCUUCGUAAUAGAUGGUUCAAUUGAUUGACGUUGACUAAAACCAUGCAUUUUAGAGUGACUCACAUUUAUCGUGAAGGGUGUUAGAUAAUAAAAUAAUAGUCUAUGUUAUUGGGUCUGUUAGUUUAGAGUCCAUUAGGUUUUAUUAUAUAUUCUCUAGUAACCUUCUUGUAAUGUUAAGCU